UUAAAGGCCAAAGGCCAGAGGAAACUUCUUUAGUUUGCACUGUGAUCUGUAGUCUGUGUACGUUUGGAGAGCAGCAGGAGAAAGAAGCAUUUUGUACUUAAUCGCUGGCAGUUUUGAAAUAAAGCCAAACCAUAAGGAAUGGGUUACACAAAGAGGCACUCCUGAAACAACGAGGAUAUUAAAGUUGGAGUACACAGCCUGACUCACUGUGUCCCGAACUCCAUCUCAUUGAUUCAAGCUGGUUUUGGCCUUUGAAAGAUGGUGCUGAGCUGAAGUAAGAUGGCCUCGGACAGGAUGGCGACUCCUCAGAGCAGCUCCAGACAGAGCAGCUCGCUGUCUUCAUCUCCUACGAGUACCCGCAUGCAGUCUCUCCAGGUGGACUCGGUCCAGCGCUGGAUGGAGGACCUCCGCCACAUGACAGAGGUGGAGUGUAUGUGCGUCCUCCAGGCCAAACCCAUCGGGGUGGAGGAGGACGCCCAGCAGGGCGAGCUGAUCGUGGCCUCUGGGGUCGGAGCGGGGGACCACGUGGCCAGAAACAACCUGCAGACGCUGCUCCGCCGAGCGCUGGUGGUCAGCACGGAGCUCGGCAAGAUGUUCCAGCGUCUGGAGAAAGGACGCUGGCAGAGGGUCCACAGCACUGCCGUCAGGGCCAACUGCCACGUGCGUUCACUGGUGCACGAGUACAGCGCCGCCCGGAGCACGCCGCCUGAGAUGCAGAAGUAUGAGAAGUCUCUGCUGGACAAAUGUAUGGAGCUGACCAACAUCACAGAAAGGUGUCUCCACACUGAUGACGAGUUCUUCCUGAAGUCCAUGAGGGAGGCCAUCCAUGAGAUCCUCACUGACGUCAGUGAUUCCUUCAGUAACAUGAUCGACAUGGCUCUGGCCAAUGAGAUCAGGGUCCUCAUCAAACAGAUCGAGUCCUCCGACAGCGUUCACACCAUCGGCAGCGCCAUCAGUAACCUGCUGUCCCUCACACAGGACGGACCUCAGCUCUGCAGCAUCAUCGCCAAGGAAGGAGCUGUGGUGGCCUUGUUCAAGAUCUGCAGGCAGGACCGCUUCAGAGAGCUGUACGCUCACGCUCUGAGGACCGUCGCCUCUAUCUGCUGCGUGGAGGAGGGCAUCAACCAGCUGGACAAGGUGGAUGGGAUCCUGUGUCUGGCGGACAUCUUGACCGAUGAGAGCAGCGUGGAAGCAGCCAGGGCGGAGGCAGCAGCGGUCGUGGCCCAGAUCACCUCGCCUCACCACACGUCCACCCAGCACCUCGCCAGCUUCCUGGAGAGCAUGCACGACAUUGUGACCGCGCUCAUCAAGCUGUGUGAGAGCGCCUCCUGUGGUGAAGUCUUCCUCCUGGCGUCUGCAGCGUUGGCCAACAUCACCUUCUUUGACAGCAUGGCCUGUGAGAUCCUGCUGCAGCUCAACGCCAUCCACAUCCUGCUGCAGGCCUGCAGAGACCGCCAGAGAGUCGACACGCCGUACUCCAAAGACCAGGUGGUGACCAUCUUGGCGAACCUGUCAGUGUUGGAGCAGUGUGCCUCUGAAGUCCUGCAGGACCAAGGGAUCGAGCGCCUGCUGCUGCUGCUGGGAGAAAAGCCGUCCUCCUCCAGUCCAUCGGAGGGCGCCGCCUGCGAGCGCGUUCAGCAGAAAGCUGCAGUGACUUUGGCCCGUCUGAGCAGAGACCCUGAUGUGGCUCAAACUGCCAUCCAGCUCAAAGCUGUUCCUCGUCUGAUUGAACUGUGUCGCUCCCCCACUGAGAGGAAUAACAGUGACUCUGUGCUGGUCGCCUGCCUGGCUGCCCUGAGGAGGCUGGCAGCGGGGUGUCCAGACAGCAUCGAGGCAGCCGACCACCAGCAGCUGAUCAAACCGCGGCUGGUCGACUCCUUCCUGCUGUGCUCCAACAUGGAGGAGAGCUUUGUAUGACGGCCUGCACCGUUAGCAGAGAGAAGAACUCGUGCACGAGGUCGUGAACACGGACUGUUUCACAACACAGAGACGACUAACGAGCAGCUUCCUGUUUGUCCAAAUGUCAAAGUGGACAUGAAGAGUGGCGUGAAUCUGUGUGUGUGUGUGUGUGUGUGUGUGUGUGUGUGUGUGUGGCUGCAGGAGACGUCUGUGUGUACAUACAUGUGUCAGUGGUCAUGUUAGAGGCGCUGAAUGUGACAGUGUUGUAGGCUCAUUUCAUAUCAGUCAUUUUGUUCCAGCAGGUGCUGAUUUUAAAAGAGAAAUUGAACCUGUUCUGGUUUAAAACACUUUAUUUGUUCCAACUGUGCAAUUAUUAAUUAUUAAUUUGUGUCUUCUUAUGUCUGAUCAUGUUUCUGACGCGUCUCUGGAUGAUGCACUAUAAUGUCUCCAAACAUACACCUGUUCAAAUAUAUUUCCUGUUUCUUUAUUGUUUGCAGUCAGCAGCCACUUUAUUAGGAUCAGUUCAUAUUUUCAUGCUUGUAAACUUUGGCGGCGCUUCGUGAGUAUUUAAAAUAUGUUCAGAUGAUGCAUGGCGUGGCGACGGGAUCGAUUUGGCCUCGUGUACAAAAUAUAGUUAAAGUGCAUUUUAUGGCAUGUUGAGCUCUUAUUGUCUUGUUUGCCAUUAAUAUCAGAUAUUAUAUUUGCCACUGGA